GUCAAAAAUGAUGUGUAUGUGACGUUUAGUGAUUUGUGGUUUAGUGAUUGCGAGUGAUGCCAAGUGGUUAUGCCAGUGAUCAUGAUAACUGUUUAUGGGAUUGGAUUACGCGCUGUAUUGGAUCUUAUGAAAAUAAAUGGCUCAUCAGCAGAAAGGGACACUAAAAGUGCAAUGAACAAAUUUAAAUACAAGUGUUUGUAAAAUGCUUUUUACAUUUAGUGUUUUGUGUAGUGGGUGAAGAGGUAGUGAUGGGGUGUGGUCAAAGUAAAAUUAAUUUGUACCCGCGACGAAACAAAAAUGGCGGAAAAGGAGGUAGUGCCAAAAAAACAGGCGCGGCAGAGAAAGAUACAGAUGAAGAGGAAGGCAGCGCAGGGGCAGCGCCACCAGACGAAGCGGAGACAGAAACAGAGAGUGGAAAACAUAUCCUGUCACUCACCAACCACCCACCCCCUGUUGAGGCGUCAGCCAGCAUGCAGGACUUUUUCAAAAUGCUGGACGAGAAAAUUGAAAAGGGUAAAGACUAUGAUUCAUCGAGUGAGACUGAAGUGCGGAUUGAGAAUGAGAGAAGGAAACGGUUAAUAGACGAGUGGCGUUCCGCGUCGCAGUCUUCGCAGUCCCAGCCAAGCCCACCGACUCCAGCCAGACGACGAAUACAUCGACCUAUGCCACCUCAACCCCCAGAAAGGCACAGUCCUGGCACCGCCCGUCGCUGUUACCGGCAACAACACGUCCCCGAAGGUAUGUCACCACCUCCACGCCGAGCACAAAGCGCCCAAUCGCAACAUCCCCACGAAACACGGCAAUUGAAUGGGGACAACUGGCAGGAUCCAACAAAAUCACCCGUUAAACGGCCACAGAGCGCAGGUGCCAACUGGAAAUCUAACCCGAAAGUCACGCCUUACCAAAAACCAAAGAAAAACGAAGUUAACGAAAACCAAAAAGCGGUCCAGAAGGAUUUGGACUCUCAAUCAGACACAAGUCAAGAAUCCCAAGUUACUUACAAUCCUACAUUCCAAACGCAUAGUCCAGCGCACUCGGCGAAGCAACCGUACAUCGCCCAAAUUUUAAGUUAUCCAAUGUCACAACAAGUUACCCCACCAUCGACACCGAAGUACAUUGCCCCACCAGAGGAGUAUCAAGAUCCCCAAAACAAUACAGUAGACAAUAAGUAUUCCCAACCACAAACUCCAGUUACACAAGUGAAUACUCAAUCUAAUAUUUACUAUAUUCACGGUAACGCAACUACGCCCGAUUUGGCUCAUCAAAGACAACAGACAGCUUUCCAUUUGCAACAAUAUGUCGCCAUGAAGCAAGCGCAACAGCAGAUGUUCACUUAUUUACAACGUGGACCGCAUACGGUGUUCCCAAAUGUAGAUUAUUCUCAAAUUCCACAUCCAAGAGUGUACGAAGGAGAAGAGUUUACCCCGCAGUACGCUCAUGGACAUCCAGCAUUACGUCCUCAUAGUGCUCCAACACCUGUAGGAGUAGUGCGACCAAUGGCCGUAGCCCCAAACUUUGCUCCUCUUCCAGAUGGAACCCAUAUGGUUCAAAUGCCAAUGUACAUGCACAUGCCUCCAGUGGUGUCCACAAUGGGGCCUUGGAUACACGGUCAAGCUUCUGAAAUGCAAUACUAUCCCCAAACGCCAUUUAUGUAUCGGCCGCACUCGGCCGGAUCCGCUGGAACUUUAACGAGAUACCAAAAGAAGGAGACGAUAGAGACUAAUGGAAAAAAUAUGUGCCAAAGUAUAAACUUGGUUCGGCAGAAGCAAGUGGGGCAAAUCGUAUCGCUGCCUGGGCAAGAGUUGACCGUUUGCAAUAACCCUAGUGAUAGCCCAAGUUCAGCCUCAGUGAGUACGGACAGCGGUGUCUCACCAGGCAACAGCGCUCCCAGCUCCAAGUGUCCAACUUUCACAGACUCUUUUACGAAUACGGUAGAUAAUAAGAAAAAAGUAAAGGCAACGCCAUUUGCAACGCGACCGCUGAAAAAUUCUAAAAGUUUAGAUUCUUAGCGCAAGUUUGUAAGUAUGUAGAUUUUCUAAGUGUCCUAGAUAUGUAUAGUAAAUAGUUCCACACAGCUUAUCAUAGUGAAGUGACGUUUAACCAAUCGAUGUCGUGUCAUUUCUCAAUUCCACUUCUCGUGAAGUUUUCUGUGAUGUUUUUCCGUUCUAUGCGUGAAUUUUGUUUGAAAACGGGUAAAGUAUUAUUUAUUAACGUAAUUAUUAGGUGCAAAUCUAAAUGUACGUUUAGAUAAACACAUGUAAGUGGUACUUUGAAGUGCCGAACGAUGCAUUUUAAA